CCAUAAACUCUAUCCUUCUCUCUUCGAGUCUUUUCCACCCGCCCCAAAAACAAUGGCCCGAUUCUUCUUCACUCAGAGUCUCCAACUCCGCCACUCCCUCCUCCGGUGCCGGCCCCGGCCAGCCCAUGCCCACCGGGCCUACUCUACCCGAUCCGGGCAGCUCUUCGAGAUCGAGAUAAACCCCUCCACCUCCAGCUCAUCGGAAGGCGAAUCGGAGGCCCUCAUGCUCAAGAAGCUAGACGACAUCGUUCAGAGGAUCCUCGUCCAGAAGGCCACCCCCGAUUGGCUCCCCUUCGUUCCCGGCUCCUCCUUCUGGGUCCCGCCCCGACGGUCCCCCCUCGGUGUCAACGACUUCGUCGGAACAUUGGCUGACAAGCUCUCCGAUGAGGAGUCCCUCUCCGUCGCCACCGACCGAGGCUGGCCCUGCUCUGGUUUUUUCAUCAAUGGCAGUGAAUCUGCGGAAACAAAGGAGGUUGGUGAUGAGGCAGAAGGAUCAGGAGAACUAGAGGUGGUGGAGGUGGAUGUAAAGGUUUUGACAGCCAACUUGGAGGAUGAGUAAAGAUUGUUUGGGUGAGUUCCCUUACUUCUGUUUGACAAGCACCACCAAUGUUCGUUGUCACGCUUCUUAUGGCCAAAGUCAGUUUUUGGCUUUUAGGACAUGGAUUGAACUUAUUUAGUUAGGUUUAAGGGGUUGAACUUGGUGGUGGUAAAAAUCCAGGUUCUCUGCUUUGAUGGAUGUAUUGUAAUUAUUAGAUUCUACAUUUAUGUUAUUGUGCUCUCUUGCUGUAUAGUUGGAAAUAGAAAUACUCAACAACAAAAGGGAACAAUAUUUCAAUGAUAACUAUGUUGUAUGCAUCCACAAAGUCAUGCUUGAUUCCUCUGAGAAAAUUAUCUUGUGUAUAGAAUUGAGUAAAGAGUGGAUUUAUUC